AUGUGGACUCUCUGGGUCAUCCCUCUUCUUGUUUCUUAUUGUCUAGCAGCCUGUUCCUCCGAGCGUCUUCCCCUGCCCGGAAGCUAUGCAGAUGGCAAGUUUGACUAUCCGGAUGGAACUGCUCAGUGCUUCACGCAGGGCUCUUCUAUGAACGUCAGCUGGGAGACCAAGUAUAGCACCUCCAAUCUAUGGUUGAUCCAUGGUGAUAACUACAACAAUCCCACGGGCCUUGCCUUGAAUACAGGAACCAAUUGGUAUGAGUGGAAGGUUGACUAUAAUACAAACAACCAUUCCAUGCCAUUCUCUUUCCGAGUCGUCGACACCCAGGGAACAUCAAAAGAGCAAGCACAAGGCGGCUUCGUGAGUGGACAAUUCUAUGUCAGUUUCAAUUCUGCCUCAUCCACCGCUACCACGACAUCUACCUCGUCAGCGACAAACACGGGAACAUCAACACGGGAACCUACCACAUCACCCACUACUACCGAUUCAACCAGGAGUGCGAGCAGUGGCAGGUCUUCCCAUGGCACUACGCUUGGUCUAGGACUUGGUGUGGGACUGGGAGUAGCGGCUUGCAUUGCUGGUGCCGUCGCUUUCUUCUUUUUUCACAGAAAGAACUCACCAUCUAGCUCCCAAUUCUCGAGUGUCCCCAACAAAGAACCCUCGGAACAACCUACAGAGCAGCAGCCUAUAUACGAGGCGGGAGGACAGAGUACCCAGGAGUUAUCCGGAGACAAUAGCUGGAACAGCGGCGCUGGACACGGGACAAACCAACGAUUUGAGAUGGCCUGA